UCUUCAUAUUGAGAAUUGAACAAAAUAAAUUAGAAGAAAGAAAAUGGCAAAAAGAGAGGUUUUAAGCUUACUAAUAUUGAAUCUUGUUAUUGUGUUAAGUUUGUCAAAUGUUGCUCUUGGCUAUAGAACUGGUGGUCUUCGUGCUUUCUACUUCGUACAACAGUGGUUAGGAUCAUAUUGCAAUCAAAGAGGGACAAGAUGUUGUUACCCUCCAACUGGGAAGACUAAGCCAGACUUUACAAUUUAUGGGCUUUGGCCUUAUUACAAUGACGGUAGCUUUCCCUACAAUUGUGGUGAUGAUAAUUACGAUGUUGGUCGGAUUAAGUACAUGGAAAAGAGGCUACAACAAUCCUGGCCAAGCUUCACAUGCCCACAAAUAGGAAGAAAAUUUUGGGUGCACCUAUGGAAUAAACAUGGAACUUGCACCAAAUCCAUCUUAGGUGAGCUCGAUUAUUUUGAGGGUGCCUUAUUAUUGAAGAACAAAGCCAACAUCUUCCAAGCCCUUGCAAAAGCAGGAAUUAAACCCGAUAACAAAUUUUACCCUCUUAAAUCCAUCAAGAAAGCCAUAGCACGAGCCAUUGGGUUUCAUCCUUGGAUUGUAUGUAAUACAAAUGCACAAGGUCACAAACAAAUUUGGCAGGUCACUUUAUGUGCAGAUAAGACUGCAAAGAAGCUCAUCAAAUGUCCUUAUAUUCCUAGUGGACGUGGUAAUUGUCCCACAAGAAUCCAAUUUCCAUCCUAUUAUUAGUAUUUUUCAUGUAAUAAUGUUUGGAUGAUUUUAUAAUGAUUGACUUUCAAAGUAAGUAUACGUCGUCUUUUAAUGUGGAAUGUGUUUCAAUGUAAGUAUACGUCGUCUUUUAACGUGGAAUGUGUUUCAAUGAUUGGAAUAUGAGCAGUAAGCUAUACUCUUAUCCAAAUUUUCAUUUAGUUGC